GAGCCUCAUAUUCAUGGUUCUGUAGAAAAGGGGGAAGGUUCGGAGAAGAGUCGUCAAAUUCUAAAUGGGGAUCUGAAUGGAACUGAAGAGGUUGAAUGUGAAAGGGGGGUUGUUGCUAAUAAUAGGGAGGGAUUAGUGUUAGGUCUAGAAGGUGUGGUGCUCUUAAAGGGUCAGGAGCCUCUUCGUAUUCUGGAAAGGUAG